UCUCUCUGCUUCUUCUUCCUCCUCUUGCUCCUCUUCCUCGCCGCUCAGCGUCAGAUAGCAGACAGGUGCCAGUGUUCCCGGGCUGGGGGAGGGAUGAGGAGCGUGUCGCGGACUGCUCGGCUCUCAGCAGAGUUAUUUCGUGCACUGCUGUGCAGCUUUAACGCGUUUUUCCUUUGUGUCCUCACAUCUCGUCUCCGGGCUCAAGGAAACUAUUAAACCUGCCUGAUAGUUAUUAUUAUCUGCAGGUGUGACCACAUUUCUUCUUUUAUUAUUAUUUAUUUCAACAUCAGAGCGACCGUGGGCUGGGUUCUUCACAUCUCCACAGACGGAAUACCGGGAGAGCCUGCAGGACUCCACGGAGUGUUUCUGUCCGUGCCUCGCUGCUGUGUGUGAGCCCAUGGUGUGUUUUUCUUUUGUUUCUUCUCAUCUUAAACCUCGGAAUGUGUGCUCCAGCAACAAGCGACCGUGGCUGUGUGCAGCAGCAGCAGCAGCAGCUCUGCGCACACUUGAGAGGGAUAACGCAUUGGUGAAUCAGUGGCUGAGCUUGGUUUGGAUGUUUGUGUGCACCUGCGGGAUUACAGGAGUCUAACAGCCGGACACCUGCUUUUUAUUGGCGUUUUUCUCUGCAGGACCGAGGACAGGAAUGAACUCGGGUGUUGGAUUUGUAAAACUAUCCUAAAAAGUCUCGUGCAUCUUGCAGUGGUUCUACGUUUUUCCCAGCCGGAGUGUGUGGUGGAGCCGCUGUGAUUGAACUGUUGGCGAGGAGGGAACCAGAUCCAGUCAUGGGCAGACACUCUGAUCCUGUCCCCCAACUCAAAGCGGGUUUUACACUCCGGGUGCUGUGGAUGCUUCACGCGUUCCUGGACCUGGCGGGCUCCCAGGAGAUUUACGCGCCGCACUCGAUCCGGGUGGAGGGCGACGUGACGCUGGGGGGGCUCUUCCCGGUCCACGCCAGGGGGGUCCCGGGGAUGCCGUGCGGGGACAUCAAGAAGGAGAACGGCAUCCACCGGCUAGAGGCGAUGAUGUACGCCCUGGACCAGAUCAACGGCGACGAGGAGCUGCUGCCCAACGUCACCCUGGGCGCCCGGAUCCUGGACACCUGCUCCCGGGACACGUACGCGCUGGAGCAGUCGCUGACGUUCGUGCAGGCGCUCAUCCAGAAGGACACGUCGGACGUCAGGUGCACCAACGGGGAGCCGCCGGUGUUCGUCAAACCCGAGAAAGUUGUCGGGGUCAUCGGAGCGUCGGCCAGCUCCGUGUCCAUCAUGGUGGCCAACAUCCUGCGCCUCUUCCAGAUCCCUCAGAUCAGCUAUGCAUCCACGGCUCCGGAGCUCAGCGACGACCGCCGCUACGACUUCUUCUCGCGGGUGGUGCCUCCGGACAGCUUCCAGGCCCAGGCCAUGGUGGACAUCGUCAAGGCCAUGGGCUGGAACUACGUGUCCACUGUGGCCUCGGAGGGCAGCUACGGGGAGAAGGGGGUGGACGCCUUCAUGCAGCUGUCCAGAGAAGCAGGUGGAAUCUGCAUUGCUCAGUCCCUGAAGAUCCCUCACGACCACAAACCUGCAGACUUUGAUAAAAUCAUCCGUCUGCUGCUGGACACUCGCUACGCCAGAGCGGUCAUCCUGUUCGCCUCCGACGAGGACAUCAGGGGCAUCCUGAACGCCAGUAAGCGUGCGGAGCAGGUGGGUCACUUCCUGUGGAUCGGCUCGGACAGCUGGGGCGCCAAGAACAGCCCCAUCCACCAGCUGGAGGACGCGGCGGUGGGCGCCGUCACCAUCCUGCCCAAGAGAGCCACCAUCAGCGGGUUCGAUGCGUACUUCACGUCGAGGACUCUGGAGAACAACCGGAGGAACGUGUGGUUUGCUGAGUACUGGGAGGAGAACUUCAACUGUAAACUGAUGAGCUCGUCCAAGAAGGACGACAGCAGCAGGAAGUGCACAGGUCAGGAGCGGAUCAGCAUCGACUCCAAGUACGAGCAGGAGGGUAAAGUGCAGUUUGUGAUCGACGCUGUGUACGCCAUGGCCCACGCUCUGCACAACAUGCAGAGGGACCUGUGUCCCGAGAACUCAGGCAUCUGCCCCGAAAUGGACCUGGCCGGAGGGAAGAAACUACUCAAGUACAUCCGCAGCGUCAGCUUCAAUGGAAGUGCUGGUACGUCGGUGACGUUCAACCGUAACGGCGACGCCCCCGGGCGCUACGACCUCUUCCAGUACCAGUGGAACAAUGUGUCCGGGCCGGGCUACCGCGUCAUCGGACAGUGGACCGAGAGCCUGCAGCUCAACAUGGAGGACAUGCAGUGGCCCCGGGGCGAGCAGGACAUCCCCAGCUCUGUGUGCAGCCUUCCCUGUAAGACGGGCGAGAGGAAGAAGGUGGUGAAGGGCAUGCCGUGCUGCUGGCACUGUGAGUCCUGCGACGGGUACCAGUACCAGCACGACGAGUUCACCUGCAAGCUCUGCUCCUACGACAUGAGGCCCAACGCCAACCGCACAGCGUGCCAGCCCAUCCCCAUCAUCAAGCUGGAGUGGCACUCGCCCUGGGCGGUGAUCCCCGUCUUCCUGGCGAUGCUCGGGAUCAUCGCCACCAUCUUCGUUAUGGCCACGUUCGUGCGGUACAACGACACGCCGAUCGUGCGAGCGUCCGGCCGGGAGCUGAGCUAUGUUCUGCUGACUGGGAUAUUUUUAUGUUACAUCAUCACGUUCCUCAUGAUCGCCAAGCCGGACGUUGGCGUGUGUUCCUUCAGGAGGAUCUUCCUGGGGCUGGGCAUGUGCAUCAGCUAUGCCGCCCUGCUCACCAAAACCAACCGCAUCUACCGGAUCUUCGAGCAGGGCAAGAAGUCGGUGACGGCGCCGCGGCUGAUCAGCCCCACCUCGCAGCUCGCCAUCACCUCCAGCCUCAUCUCGGUUCAGCUGCUGGGCGUGUUCGUCUGGUUCGUGGUGGAUCCGCCCAACACCAUCAUUGACUUUGACGAACAGAAGACCUUCAACCCCAGUCUGGCGCGCGGCGUGUUGAAGUGCGACAUCACAGAUCUGCAGAUCAUCUGCUCGUUGGGUUACAGUAUCUUAUUGAUGGUGACGUGUACUAUUUACGCUAUUAAGACCCGCGGGGUCCCUGAGAAUUUUAACGAGGCCAAGCCCAUCGGCUUCACCAUGUACACCACCUGCAUCGUGUGGUUGGCUUUUAUACCCAUCUUCUUCGGUACGGCGCAGUCUGCAGAGAAGCUGUACAUCCAGACGACCACGCUGACCAUCUCCAUGAACCUGAGUGCGUCCGUGGCCCUCGGGAUGCUCUACAUGCCCAAAGUCUACGUCAUCAUCUUCCACCCUGAGCUCAACGUGCAGAAGAGGAAACGUUCGUUCAAAGCCGUGGUCACAGCCGCCACCAUGUCGUCCCGACUGUCCCACAAGGCCAGCGACCGGCCCAAUGGGGAGGCCAAGACGGAGCUGUGCGAGAACGUUGACCCCAACAGCUAAUUUCAUAAUUUAUAUGAGGUCCAGCAGCGAAGCAGAACCCCGUGAGCUACCCCGACCUCGUGAUCUGACAGCGUCCAGCGACAGACGGACUGAAACAGAGAGUCGGAGACGUCUGCUCUCCUGAGGAUGUUUUUUUGUUGUUGUUUAGUUUUUGGUCUCAUGUGCUUCAUUGCCCGCCACAGACUUUCAGAUGCUGAAGCAAAGCAUUGUGGGAUUUCCUCUGGACUCUGGGCACACACACUUUCACUCGGUCAAAGAGAAGCGAGGACGCCAACAGGGCGAAAAAAAAAAACGAAAGAUGUGGGGUUGUUGUUUAAAAAAUAAAAAAUCCAUCUUUCUGUCCGUAAGGUGAUGAUGAAGAACAAACCCUGCGGCCUCUCGGCUCCGUGCUGACUCUCUCUGCCGUUGAUGUCAAACGAAGCCGCCACCUCGGCCCGCCGCGACCUUCCGUUGGAGCCCCGCCUCCUCUCGUCUUUUAAUGUACUUCCAAACUGCAAGUUCUCCCCUCCUGUCCUCCGUGUGCUUCUUUAUGCUUCUCUGUUCCUUCGGUUGUUGUUUUGUUUCUUUGUUCUUUUAAAGACAACGAUGGUGAUUAUGAUGAUGAUGAUGAUGAUGAUGAAUCUGUUUUGCUCUUUGCUUCUUGGAUGCACAUUGUUUUUUAUUAAAGCCAUAUUCUUCACUCCGAGACGUGGAGGGCUUUGCUCACGCUGCCACGCUGCCAAUCUGAUUGUUGCCACUGAAACGACCUGAAAACACGUUUCCUCCACCAGCUUCUAACUGCCAGCGACACUUGACAGAGUGAAGCUGCAGCUCGCAGGCUUUCAGUCAAUACAGUUCAACAUCUUUUACAUUAGUCUGUCUGACUUCUAUCAUGCUCCAAGUGUUGGAACUACAGUUCCCACAAAAGGAGGGAUUCACCUUUCCUGUCUGCUGCUGACAGCCACAGCCGUAAUUCAUUUUUAAAUUAACUGAUGACAAACUUUGUAAUAAAUUAACUGUCAAUAAAAAAAUGUCCACGCGGUCGGACUGGAACUCGGUGCUGCUGGUAUUUAGGUGAAUCGUGUGACUUUUAGGUGAAUGCGUCUGUGGUUCCUUGUUGGUUUGAAAAUAGUUUCCAGUAACAUGAAAAAGCUUUAACGACGACACCUACACGUUCUGUUUGUGUUUUCAUUAUGAGCGACCACGACUCGUUCAGCCUCCGUCGCUCGCUGAAAUAUCACAUGACAUGUACGACAUGUUCAAAACUCCACGCUCAACCUACAGCAGGACUGGAGUAAUAUAUAUGACUAAAUACAUGAAAAGCUAAAGCUUAAGACUUUUCAGUACAAUGACAGAUAUUUAUGACUGUCAUAUUCAUGAGUCCACCAUAUAGGUCGUGUGUACAGGCAGCGAAAAACGAGCUAUAUUUACCAAUUUCACCGUCCGCAGCAAAGCAUCCUCUUGCUGAUGUCGCAGUGAUUAACAGCCAAGCUUAGUUAAAAAGGCAGAUUUCCAUGUUUGGAUGGAGUAUAGGGUGGUGUUGGUUUGAACAAGUGGCAGACUUUCACCCAGGAGAGUGGGGUUCACAUCCUGUGUGAAAACAAAAGUAAACAAUUUUUAACUUAAGUUACGUGAAUCACGUUUUUCAAGGUAACUUGUGGUAUUCACAUGACCCUUGUAACUACUUCAAUUUCAGCAUGAACAUAUAUUUCUUUACUGUUUAAAAUGUCUAUCCCGAGCUGUGAAUCCCGAGCCGCGAUACGUCCAUACAUGUCGUAAUUUGUGGUACUGACACACGACCUGUUCUGUCAUCUAGGUAAGAGAACUUGUUGGCCACGCCUCUUCUCAAAUGUCCAACAUUUCUGCUCAGCUGAAAAUUAUAACAGGCCAGCGCCGAUAAAGGGUCCAACUUCAAUGUCUUCUCUCUUUCUGUGUUGGUGAAGGAAAACAAAUUCAACCUGAGCCACCAAUCAGGCCGUGAAUCAAAGCUCUCAGUUCGAGCAGCUCCACCAUAAUUUAUUGUGUGGGAUCGCUGCAGCCCUGACAGUUGGCACACGAACGUUAUUUGUUCCACCAUGUAAGGAGCCUAAUUACUCUUUUUUGGGGGGUACAAUGUAAUGUGUGUAAUGACAAAUAAUUGAACAAAUCUCCCCUACAAGUCAUCUUUGAAAAUACAAAAAAAGAGAAAAAAACUAGAGAAUAAAACAAGGUUAUUAUACCAAUGAAACAAGAAUUAUCACCUUUCCAAAAGCUGCUCGCAUGUUUGUCUUUCUGACGUUUGGACGAAGCGUUCCUCAGACGGACUCCGCUGACCAUAAACGUGUCUCUGCCACGUGGAGAAUUGAAUAAGAUGCAAAAAAAAAAGAAAAAGUACACUCAGCUUCAAAUUUUUCUGGGCAUGUUUGUGUUGUUAUAUCAUUCGCACGAUAUCUUUAAAGAAGUCUUGGUGCUAACCGCGGCCGCGACCCGUUCUGUUGUGUUACAUGGACAACUGGACACGGACAUGAAGAUUGAACUCUGAGUGAGACACCAACAUGUACACGGCAUGCUGGGAUUAACUAGAAACCAUAAUGGUAUUAAAAUGAUCUUAAUCUUAAUCUGGUUAUUAGAGUGCAGUGUAGACAUGUUUACACCUUAAAUCACAAUAUAAUAUAAUGUUCUGUUCUAAAACUCAUACGAUGUCCAGGCUGCUUCAUGACACACGGCCACUGAGUGAAACACUUUAUAAGGAUGUUUUUAACUCCUUAACAUUCCGUAAAAUUUACCUGAAAACACCUAUAAGAAACAUAUCAAAGACAACCCAAAGUAAAGUGAAAGCUGCUCUUGGACAGUUCGGAUUAAACCUGGUUGUGUUCAAAUUUGAAAGGUAACACUCUGGAGUUUAUUCCCAAAGAGUCAGAAUAACUGUUUCUGUUAAGUGUUGCUGUUAUUGAGUGAUGGAAGUUUAAACACAUUAAAAAAUAUGUUUUAUUUACUGUCUACCUUAACAUUUUGGUAAAAACAGGCCUGCUGUAAAGCACACUGGAGAAACUUCUUGUGGCGAUCCAAAUAACCAGAGCGGACACAUCAGAGAUUUACCGUUCUGUCUGGUCGUCUGUGGGUCCAACAGUCAGAUUGGUCGGCGGGCCGCGGACACAGAGCCAAAUACAGGAAAAAAAAAAAAAAGGCAGGCGUGUUUUUUAAAGGCUGUUUUGUUCUUUGUGGUCCCAUGAUGAAACGUUCCCAUCCCAACAUGUGUGUUCCCUCCCACGCACAUACAUGACCACUGCAGGUCUCUGCAGGGGUACGAUGAUGAUGAUGAUGAUGAUGAUGAAGAUGACCCCUAACUGUGUUGUAGCCGACCUAAAAGAACUUCUCCGGUCCGACUUUACCGGAUGAUUGUCUGGUGACUUCUUGGAGCACUGAUACGACUAAAGGUGUUGAUGUUGAGGUUGUCAAUGCAUGCCUGAUAUGUUCGAUGUUGAAUCUGAAAAAAGAAAAAAAAAAGUUUCUCCUCACGGCACAGUUGAUCCACCGUCUGCUCUGACUUGUACUGUUUCUGAUUUCGUUCUGUUUCUUUGAUCCACUGAUUCUUUAUUCUCACGCAGCAGAAUAUGGCUUUGAUCGGUUUUUUAUUUUCCUGGAAAGUGUGGGAAAUGGAGAAAAAGAUGAAUAUAUAUUUAAAAAAACUAAAUACUUGUUUAAAAAAAACACAAAGGAAGCAUGUAUGUUUUCUACUGUUUGUACUCGGUAUCUUCAUGUUGCCCUUGCUGCUUAUGUGCCAAUGUUGUUGAGAGAUUUACAUUCGGCCACUCAUGCAACUAUUCUGUGGUGUUGUCCAAGAAUGUAUCAACAUGAAAUAAAAAAACAUUUGGUUA